AUGGGUAACGGGGCUCACAUCCGCUUUUGGCUGGAUAAGUGGUGUGGUAAUGCGUCGUUCAGUGUUGCAUUCCCUGCUUUAUUCAGACUCGCAGCUGAUAAACAAGAUCCUGUAGCUCGUUGUUGGGACAGUCAGCGUCUAGAUGUUUGUUGCGGGUGGAAGCGUCCGGUUUCGUCGAAUGCUGAACUUGAGGAGCUGCUGCUGUUACGACAAAGCAUCGGUAGCCUGUUUCUCUCAAAUUCUGCAGACAGGUGGCGUUGGGAAGGAAACAAGGAUGGGGUCUUCAAUGUUGCCGAUUUUAAAAACCUUUUGGUGCAGCAGAAUGGGCCGGAUAGGAAUUCUGUCAUGAAGUGGAUCGUUUGGGUCCCGCUGAAAGUUAAAGUUUUUGUCUGGCGUUUAGAGAUGGACCGAAUUCCGACUCGCUUGGCUCUACAAAGGCGCAACAUGCAUUUAUCCGAUGUUUCUUGUGGUUUAUGUGGUGCUGUUGAUGAAUCCUCUAUUCACAUUUUUACGGCCUGUGAGUUGUCUUGUGGUUUUUGGACAGCUAUAGGUUCUUGGUGUAAAUUGGGGCCUAUUUUCGCGUUCGACAUCAAAGAUCUUCUUCUCCUCCCAGCUGAAAAAACAAGCAAAGAGUCCAAAAAGAUCAUUCAAGGGAUUGUCAUGGUUUCUAUGUGUGUUAUUUGGGUUGCUAGAAAUGAGAAGAUUUUUAGAAGCAAAGAUGUUAAAAUAGGUGAACUAGUUGCGAAAGUUAAGUCCCUUUCCUUCCUUUGGCUUAAGUCCCGGUCUAGGUACAAGCAGUUAGUCUGGAAAGAUUGGACGAUUUUUCCUUUAUACAUGAUGCAGUCUUGUUGUGCUUCGGUCCUUGUUUUGAGGACCGGUAGCGUGUUUUAUUGA